AUGGAUAAACAUGUAUCCAAACUCGGUAAAGAGACUAGGGCCGAUUAUUUGCAGUUUAAACGAGAUGUAGUCUCCAUGACCACCAAAUGUGAAGAUGUAUGUGCAUCUCUGAAAGGUAUAUUUGAUAGUCUGUUGUCGAUGAUUGAACGUUACGAACAAGGGAUUUUUGAUGCACAGGAUUGUGAAAAUGCAAUAGAUUCACAGAUGAAAAAACUCAGUGACGAAUUCGCCAAGUUGGAAAACGUUAAAAAGUUAAUCGAUGAAUCCACACAAAAGUGUUCUAACAUUUCACAGGAGUUUUAUAAGUAUCGAAAGGAGUUUGACAAGGCUAAUGUUUGUAAAUUACUUGGAUCGGCAGUUGGUUUAAUCUCUUCGAUGGCUCUUGUUGGGGCUGGUGUUAGUGUGGUUAGUUUAGGUUUGUAUAUUGCUUUUAAUCCGGGAGUAAACAUCCCUAUCGUCUCCCAGGCAUUUGGGGCCUUAACUGUUCAACACGGCAUCGGCAUGGUAUCAGCAGGAACUACAGCUGUUGUAGCUUCAGCAACAGUUCUUGUUGCUUCUAUUAUAAAGAUGAUUGAAGGCACAAAUGAUCGAACAGAAUUGCCAUUGGUACAUGAAUCACAACUCAAACUGGAAUCAUUUUCUGAGCACCUCUGUAAAUUGAAACACCAACUCUUACAGUGUUGCUCAACUUUCAAAAGCUGCAAAUCCCAGUAUGAUCACCCUACAGCGCAGCAAGUGCUUGCUAACAAAAUUGUCAUAAUUAGACGUUACAUUCAAAAAGCAAAUCCUGAAUGCGAAACACUCUUUAAAUUGUGUAUGGAGCUAAGAAUACUUGCUUGCAGGCAGCCUGAGAUAUAAUUGUACUUGUUUUGUAAUAAAUAUUUC